UUAUUUUAUUUAUUUUUAUGUGGUGCUAAGGAUGGAACCCAGUGCCCCACACAUGUGAGAAGAGCACUCUACCGCUGAGCCACAACCCCAGCCCCAUUUUACAGCAAACACCUAAUACAAAGCACACUUUCCAAAUGUUCCCCACGAUGUCUCUGGAGGGCGCGCGGCCAGCUGCAGGGAGCCCCAAGGAGACCUGCCCUGUCCUGCAGAGGGAGAGAUUGUUCCAGUCGGGAGACCAUGCCUACAGGAUCCCCGCCCUGCUCUACCUGCCCCGGCAGAAGACACUGCUGGCCUUUGCAGAAAAGCGAAUGAGCAAGAAGGACGAGCACGCGGAGCUGAUCGCCUUGCGCAGAGGAGACUAUGACGCGUCCGCCCACCAGGUCCAGUGGCACGCUCAGGAGGUGGUGACCCAAGCCCAGCUGGAGGGCCACCGGUCCAUGAACCCGUGCCCACUCUACGACGAGCAGACCGGGACCCUCUUCCUCUUCUUCAUCGCCGUCCCAGGGCAGGUCUCCGAGCGCCACCAGCUGCAGUCCGGGGUCAACAUGGUGCGGCUGUGCCUCGUCACCAGUGCUGACCAUGGCCGAACCUGGAGCCCUGCCAGUGACAUCACCAGCUCGGCCAUCGGCCCCGCCCACGAGGAAUGGGCCACCUUUGCAGUGGGCCCGGGGCACUGUCUGCAGUUGCACAACCACAUGCAGAGCCUGGUGGUGCCCGCCUAUGCCUACCGAAAGCUUCCCCACCACCCCUCGCCCUCCCCAGCCUCCUUCUGCUUCCUCAGCCACGACCACGGCCGCACGUGGCAGAGAGGGAACUUCCUGGCCCAGGACUCCGUGGAGUGCCAGGUGGCGGAGGUGAGGUCCCGGGGACAGAGCGUGGUGUACCUCAACGCCAGGAGCUCGCGCGGGGCCCGGGUGCAGGCCCAGAGCACCAACGCGGGGCUGGACUUCCAGGGGGCCCUGGUGACCCGAAAGCUGCCCGAGCCGCCCCAUGGCUGCCACGGGAGCACCGUGGCCUUCCCCAGCCCCAGCUCCCCAGACCUGUGGCUGCUCUACGUUCACCCCACUGACCCCCGGAAGAGGCGCAACCUGGGCGUGUACCUCAACACCCGGCCCCCCGAGCCUGCCGCCUGGUCGCAGCCCACCCUGCUGGCCACGGGCAGCUGCGCCUACUCCGACCUGCAGAGCAUGGGGCGCGGCCCCGACGGCUCGGCCCAGUUUGGGUGUCUGUAUGAGGCGGGUGACUACGAGGAAGUUGUUUUCCUCCUGUUCACCCUGAAACAGGCCUUCCCAGCCCAGGUCCCAGCCCCAUGAGCUAGCCACCUGCUGGCACGCUCCCCGGCCCACACUAGGCACCCACAGUGGCGCUGAUUAUUUCCCAUUCCUUUCAGUGUCCCCGGAGGUCACCUCUGGGUCCCUUCAUUAAGUGGCAGAGAGGUCUGCUUCUUGGCGUCUUUGCCUCCUUCACUUUCCAGUCUUCCCAGAAGGUUCUGUUUACAUCCAGAAAUCAAAGGAGCCUGGCUUUCCCCAGCCCCUUGGCAGCAAGACAAGACAGGCUGCACGGUGGCUGUCACUCUGCACGGUGGCUGCCAAGCUGCAGAGCUCAGCCUGCCUGCCCCCCAUUAUUGUGAUGUGCUUGAUAAAUGACCUACUCCAGCCCCCUUCUUCUUGGGGAUGCUCACGGUGUUCCUGGGGAAAGGCUAACCUGAGGAUGUGGAUUAGCAGAGGUGUGUGUGUGUGUGUGCGUGUGUGCGUGUGUGUGUGUGUGUGUGUGUGUGUGUGUGUUUUCUUGUUGAUGCUUCAGAGCAGACAGACUGGGAAACAGCUUUGCAGAAAGGUUAGGCAGGGCCGAGAAUAAUUAAGCUCACUUAAGUCACUGUGUUCCUUUCUUAGGGCUGCCACAACAAAUUAUCUCCAACUUGGUGGCAUAAAACAAGAGAAAUGUGUCCUCGCCGCACCUCAGGCGAGAAGCCUCAAAUCAAUCUGUUUUCAGGGCCACAGUCUCUCCAGAGACUGUCCCUUCCAGCUUCUGGUAGAUCCUGGUAACUCUUGGUACCCCUCAGCUUGGGGCUGUAUGGCUCCCACCUUGGCCCCGGUCUUCACAUGACCUUCUCUUGCAUGACCUCCCUAGUCACUCAUGAAGACGUUUGUCACUGGAUAAACCAGGAUCAGCUCACCUCCAAGAUCCUUAAUGACAUCUGCAGAGACGCUUUUCCCCAGUCAGGUGACGGUCACAGAUGCUGGGGGUAGGAGGUGGAUGUAAGUUUGGGGGCCACCACUCAACCCACCAUGGUCAUAAGCACUUGGUUUUGCCCAGAGGACGUGGCUGAAGGCAGGACUGAGGUUCAGAUGGAUCACAUAGUUUGGAGGAAUCGGGGUGGGGCGGGGGCUGUUAGCUGUGAUCCCUGGGGCAGGGCUGCUGUAGGACCCUCACUUUUCAAGGUGACCAGAGGGCCAUGUGACACUGAAGAGACAGCAAGGGUGCUGGGCUUGUGGUUCUUGCCAUAAAGCCAGAGUAGGGAGAAGGCCGCCCCUGCUUGUCUCAGGAGCGGCCACCUGAGAGGGAGCCAGCCUGGGUGCAGGAGCAACACUUUUCUGACUCCCCGGAAUUUUUAAGGACUUAGUCCUAUGUCUUGGGAAAACUUGUCCCCUGCUCCUCCAGAGCCCCUCUAGUGGGCGCAGUGACAACAGUCAUAGGUUCUUGCAGCUGAGUGGCAUCUUUGCCUGGCCCGUUGUGGGGGUUGGUCCUAGGCACUGGCCACAUGUCAGGAUGCUGCUUCUCCUGGUGGGGUUCUGAGAAAGCCAGUGGGAAGGAUGAGGAAUUGGGGCCUGGAAUGGGAGGUUAGGCCCCUCCGUUCUGGGGAUGGCCACCCAGUGUCUUCCAAACCACUCAGAAGAGGCUGGGGUGGAGGCUGAGGCUGAGCCUGGGGGAGAGGCUAAGGUGGGCAACCCUGUAGUGUAUCAUCCAGCAGGGACGCUCGUGAGAGUCCGGUUACACUUGUUAACAGGCACUAACCAGGGCUGUCCCUGGAAAGUGGGGGGUUCAAGUCAAAGACCCCCCCUCCACGAGGACUGUGCCAGAGGCGGCACCACUUACUUCCCUGGCAAAGCUCCUCAUCUGUUUAGGCAGAUGAGGCAGGAACGGGAGGGGUGCCUGGCCACUGUCAGGCCCACUGUCCCUCUCCUGAACUCCAGGCUCUCCCUGGGUCAGCAGCUCCCUGCUCCAGGCUGGUUAGAAUCCCCUGGGAGCUCUUCAGCAGUGCUGCUGCCCGUGCCCCACCCUGAGCCACCAGUUCAGAAUCUCUGUAGUGUCCCAGGCAGGCGAAGGUCCCUAAGUUAUUCUAAAGAGCAGAAGGCUCAAAACCUAUGUGGGCUGGGGAUGUGACUUAAGCGGUAGUGCGCUCGCCUGGCAUGCAUGCGG